GUCUGACAUAAGCUGGCGCUGAGAUAUUUCCCCUCUCUAGCUUCCACUGGUGUUCUUCCCAAAAAUUAACUAUGGACAUCUCAAGUUCGCAAUUCUCUCUGAAUUCGCUCUCGCAAGAUGCAUUAGGGGGGUUACUUUUCGAUAUACUCAGUCGUCUUGAUCCACCAUAUAUUGCGUCUCACAAACAACUCAGUAACGCUUUCUUUCAUCUUUUUUCUCACCCAUCGUCGCGAGACUUGCGAGAGAGAGUUUUAAAUCAAGACAAGACGGCGAAUAUAACGUCGAACUCUUCUGCAUCGAACCCGUCGCCCGAACCCUCGACUCCAGCUCGUUCAAUAUCCAACUCCUCUCCGGAACCCCCGUCUCGAGUGUGUUCGAUAUCGAACCCCUCUCUCGAACCCUCGCCUCCCGUUCGUUCAAUACCGAACCCCUCACGUCAUCGCUCAAUCCCCCGUCCAGAAAACUCAACGAAGACAAGCCAAACGAGCAAACCCGUGAGAAUAGUUGUAAUAAUUAAAUCUUUACGGCAUGAUGCUCUAGACAUCAGCUCCUUAUGGGAGUGUCAGGAAAUCUUCUCGCCAGAUAAGGAUGCUAAACAUGACCCUGUUAAACGACAUAUCCAACUAGAUAAUGCUAUCAAGACUCUCAUCGCCGACAGUGAAUUAUUAGUUUGUCGCAUUCGAAUACUGAACCUUGCUCGAGGCAAUGAACGGGAUACAAUCAAAAGACUACAUCAAAAGCGGUCUAGAUAUGGUGGCGAGGCCAAACUCAACGAGUAUUUUGCGAAAGCCUUCGACAUAUCAACAAGCACUAUAGUGAAACAAGGAACUCAAUACAGACGGUAUAUGUCGAUGAUAAACGAAUUUUGUCUCGGCGUGAUCCUUGUUAUCGGUGAUAAUUCACGUCACCAUUCCGAUUGGUUGCUGAUCACGGAGAGUGAUUUUUAUUUGCUACUUGCAUAUAUUCGCAAAUAUAAACAACACUGGAUUCAACUAGCAUGGUCUCAAAAUUGGGCAGCCGCAAAGGUAAUUGCCGAGGCAUUGCUAAUGAUUGGCGUAUCAUCAUCUUCUAUCAACGAAGGGCACUCAGCCAUUGCAUCAAUCAUCUGCCAUUAUGUCAUGGUCGACGACGAAGGGAAAGUUCAUCCCUUAACGACCACGGGUGUUAAACCUCUAUUAUCUACACAUGAGAGCGAAUCGACCUCUCCUAUGUCAUACGAGGAGAAACUUUCGGAACUUUACAAGGAGAUUAAUGGUCGCGACGUUCUUGUAACCGAAGACAAAGCUACUGCAACACAAUCUGAUCGAGAAGAAGCUACUGAUUCUUGCGUCCACUCUCCCGCCGAAAGUCAAGAUAAUGCUGAAACACCGCGUGAUCACAUUCCGACCGCAACAAGCGUCCGCCCUGUGUCUUUUAUUCCCGCUGUUAGAAACCCUCUCCUAUCAUCUGGCACCUCGCAUCAGAAUCGAUCGAUCACACAACCUGGCAUCUCUUCACUAGAAUCUCAGUUUUCCAACGAGCACCGGCCCAGUGAUUCCAAUAUAUCUCAGAGCGGACACGACGAAUCGUCUGAACGAUCGUCGCCACCAACCGAUGUAACUGAAUAUGAGGACUCCACUGAGCGUCCUUCGAAACGUCCAUGUCCCGAACGUUUAUAUGAAAGACAUCACCAACAUCUAAGGAUAUUAGGGCCACAGCAUGUGGCAUAUCCUUUUCAAAGCAAUAUUUCACAGUAUAGUCAGGAGGCUCUCUCAUUGAAGCACCAGGGGCUAGUUAAUUCCUUGCCGAACUUUGCGCAUCGACCGGAAAACCACAUAGGUGACCGCCAACCGGCUAAUAGCGGCUUCCAGGUUAUGAGCUCAUCGACUUCUUCGCACACGACGAUUAUGGAGCCACGGACAACUACGCCAGAAGAUAAUAAUGCUGCCCAGGCUCUUACGGGGCUCCGUGAAGAACAUCGGCCGUCAAUAGAGUCGGAUGAUGUUCAGGUAAACACAGAGCAAAAUCAAAAUUGGGACGGCAUGAGAGCGAUACCUCACUAUCCAACCGUCCCCCACGCAAGUGGAAAACGGCAACACAAUCAAAACAGCAAUCAAACAUCGAAUCUGCCGCUCAUCUUACCCCAAGCCUCAACCCGAUCCGCGAUGCCUACAUCACGGGUUAUACAGUAUGAUCAUAUGCCUGAUGUUCCGGGAGCAACUGGUCAGGCAGCAUGUCAGCAAUCGGCUCAAGCCGCUCUGCCCGUCAGUUACAAUACUUCAUCCUUGAUCACCAACCCUCACCUCCCCGAAUCUUCAGGCGAAUUCCCUUCGUCUACAGGCUCGCUAGUUGAAGGCGAUGAGCAAUCUUCUGGGGUAUCAUCGAUGACAUCCAAUCCGAGCGGAUUUAUCCCAUCAGAUGCCCUCCAGAAUCGUACAUUUCCAUCCCUGGGCACAAAUGAUAUACCUAACCAAUUCCCACCGCGUGAUACACUGCCACAAUGGACUUCCCAACCCUUUGAUGUCGAUUAUUCUUCCAUGUUAGGUAUAAAUGAUAUACCUAAUCAGCUCCCACCGCGUGAUACACUUCCACAAUGGACUUCCCAACCCCUUGACCUUGAAGGCUCCUUGGACUUAGGGACGAGUAGCAUGCAUAGCUAUCGCACUCCAUCUAUCACAAAUAUUCCUGAAGCUUAUUCGUUGUUCAUGUGAGACUAUCACCAUUCUCCUACAAUGUCAAGAAUUCAAGAU